AUGGCGUUCACACGAUCCCUUCCGGAACUUGGACAAAUCAUAGCCAACCAGGCAAACGCAAUUCACGAUACACUCAAUGCGGCUGGAAUUCAACAGCCCUCCUUUGAGUAUGGAGCAACACACUACGCUGGUCCCUACGGCCGAGCUAUGGAGGACAGCCGCGCACAGCUUCUUGAAGCCCUCGAUGAGCUACGAUCCCUGAUCAUUGGGCCCGCGGGACAUAUAUUUUUCAUGUCAUUUAUGGGUCCGGCCUGGACCGCAACACUCCAUGUCUUGUACAAGUUUGAGUUGGCAAAGAACGUGCCAAUGAGCGGUUCAAUAUCCUACGGUGAACUUGCCGAUCGUUGUGGCCUCUCGGAGGCCCAAACACGGCGAUACAUACGCUCUGCCAUAUCAUUCCGUGUCUUUGACGAGCCAAUAGUCGGAAUGGUUCAACACAACGCAGCCUCGGCCUUAUUGGUUACAACCACGCUUCAUGAUUGGAUUGGAAUGGCUACUGAAGAAAUCGGACCAGCUGCCUUGAAAGUUGCCGACAGCAUGCAAAGUUUCCCUAGCAGCAGCAAUCCUGCCGAGAGUCCCUUUGCCAUCGCCCACGGAAGCAAUGGCGACAAAGACCUCUUUGCUAUAGUUGGAUCCGAACCGGAUCGAAUGACCCGACUUGCGAAUGCCAUGGAAUGGUCAAUGAAGGUACCCGGAAUGGAGCCACCAUACACUGUCAACCACCUUGGCUGGGAUCAGGUCAAGCAGUCCCAGAGAACUUGGUGCCCCAAGGUGGUGGUCGAUGUCGGUGGCGGUACAGGAACUUUGUGCAAAACCAUACUGCAGACCUAUCCAAGUGUAGAGAGGGCUAUUGUUGAAGAUCUUCCCGACGUCAUCUCUCAGGCAUCGAUGCAAGAUCCGAACAAGCUGGAUGGACGUCUCGAGUAUCACGAAUAUGAUUUCUUCAGCGAACAGACGAUCAAGGAUGCCGACGUGUAUAUCUGGCGAUGUGUUCUGCACGACUGGUCGGACAGCUAUGCGGUCGAUAUUCUCAGAAACCAGGUGCCAGCACUCAAGGACGGCGCUCGCAUGAUAUUCUUGGAAAGGUGUCUAGGCGCUCCCAGACCAUAUGGUCAUGUGAGCGACCAAUUCGAUAUCGCUUGUGAUAUCAUGAUGCACAUGUGCGCAAAUGCUCAGGAGCGAAGCAGAGAGGACUGGGAGGCUCUCCUGGCUGCCGCCGACAAACGAUUUGAGAUUGAAUUCAUAUCAACACCUCCGCACUCGGCACUUUCCAUCAUUCAAGUCAUCUUCAGGGACAAUCUGUAUACUGGAAAUGACAAGGGCUUUGACGUCGGCAGCCUUCCAGAUACCGGAUCUGACUUUGAUGUCGGCAAUGACUCAUUAUCAACUGUCGACCUUGAUUCCAGUUCUGAAUCCGAGUGCAAUUAUAUCCACACCGGGAUGGCGACUGUGGAGCCAAAGGAUGCCUCAAUCUGUAGCCAAGGAGUCGAUGGAUCACAAUCGACGGUCAUCGGAUCGUAUGUUCCUUUUUCAUAUGGAGAAGAAGAAGACGAAGACGAGGCCUACGCUUGGCGAUACUAUGGAUUCGAGCAAGACGGGAACACUGCUAGAAGCAGUGUAGAUGAGUGGGCAUUGAUUCGUCGCGAUAACUUCUUUCCUUGA